AUGAGCAGCCCUAAACGAGGUAGUGUUGGUGAUAAGGAUGGGCUUCUUACGCCCACCCCCUCACACACACACGGAGUUAACACGAGAAAAAGAAGAUCCUCUUCUUUGAUUCAGCAUCUUGAGCCUGAUACAUUGGACACGAAGAUUGAUCAGUCCUUGAAUCCAAACUUAAAUGCUGACUGGGUCCAUUACAAAGGCGCUUGGGUGAUACACAUAGUUAUCAUCAUAUUUUUGAUGUUAUUUUAUGAUGUUAUAACCGCUCAUGACAAUGACUGGAGAUGGACGAUGACCAAUGUUACAUACAACAUUGGUUCAUACAUCAUGUUUCACCAAGUCAAAGGAACGCCUUUCGAGUUCAACUCUGGCGCAUACGACAACUUGACUAUGUGGGAGCAGAUCGACAAUGGUGAUCAGUACACGCCCACGAAGAAGUUUUUGAUGAUGGUUCCUAUUGCGCUUUUUCUACUCAGCACGCAUUACACAAAUUAUAAUUUGUAUCUGUUUACUAUUAGCGGCAUCAGCUGUUUGUGUGUGGUGGUACCGAAAUUGGCAAUCUCUCACAGAUUACGAGUCACCCUAUAUUAG